GACAGGGAAGUUCAGCAACAUGACAGACGCAAAUAUGAUAGGCCAGUGUCCCUUUUGUUUGUUGCUAGUUAGCUGCAUUAGAGCCUGUCCUGCAGCCGUUUAACGUCUGUGGAAUUGACUUUCUGAGGCUACGGAAGAAGGACGAAGUCGGCUAAUAUGUAUACAGCCUUAGCCUGUGGAGCCGUGGUGUUUCCGGGUCUUUUCUACAGCUUCAGGAAAAUACUGAGACGCACUUUCACAAACUGGAGUGAUGCCGACGUCGUGUUUGUCAGUGAGAGGCUUGUCUCUGCCAUCCACGCAUCUUUGGCUACUGCAGCUGGAGUCACAGUGGUCUCAUCAUGCAGGGACGUGAUGACUGACAAUCACUGGCUGACCAAUAGGUUCGCUUUGUUUGGAACUCCCUACAUGGUCAAUGACAUCUACGCCAUGUAUCUGAGCCAUUACUACAUUCAGAGGGUCCGAGGUCUGUCCGGCUUAUACAGCCGCCACUCCAUCCACACAGUCAAGGCUUUCCUAUUGAAGGACGUAAUGUUGGUGCUCCAUCACCUGGCACUGGUUCUUGUUUUCAUGCCCAUCACUCUGUUCUUUAGAAGAGGACUGGGUGAUUUCUUCAUCGGCUGUUUCUUCAUCACAGAGUUCAGCACUCCGUUCGUCUCAAUAGGAAAGAUUCUUAUCCAGCUAGGCCUUGAUAAAACCAGACUUCACAAGAUCAAUGGCAUCAUUGUCCUUCUGAGUUUCUUCUUGUGCCGCGUCCUCAUCUUCCCCUUCAUGUACUGGAUGUACGGCCGGCAGUUUGGGAUCCCCCUGCACAAAGUUGCCUUUCAUCUGCCGCUGCAUUGCAACCUGGGUAACCUGGUGAUCCUGGCUCCACAGAUUCACUGGUUCAUCCUGCUGCUGAAGAAAGCUAAAAGACUGUAUAUGAGGCAACAGAUAGGGAAUGGAAACGGAAGCAUUGCCAGACCCAAGAUAGACUGAAAUGCCUUCUGUCUGCCAAAUAACUUCUUUUAAACGGAGACUUAUGAAACAGAGAAACAAGGCCGCUGUGGGGGAAAAUCUAUAAUAUUCAUAAAGUUUGAGAGCAUGCCAGGGAAAAAUAAUAUUAUGAAUACUGAACAUACUGUCAUUUUCUGACAAAAGGUGCAACAUUUCUUCAAAAGAAAGAGUUAAUAUUUUGAUAUUAAAGCUAGACUACACUGCAGAUAUAUCCAAAUCAUAACAGCUUUGAUCAUUUGAAAAAAAGUUGUAUUAUUUGUGGGUAUUACAUACUAGAUUUCAUUCAAAAACUAAAAUUUCUAUCCAGAGCACUGCCUUUUGCACCUAAAACCAAGAUUUUGUUCUCCCAAAAUUAAAUUUUCCUGCAAAAGUUUAUUUUUUGAAACCCCUUAAAGAACUGUUUUUUCUUGUUACAGCCCAGAUUUUUCCUCAACCAGUUGUCCUGAUGCAUCAUUAUGCAGAACAGUCUCAGGUGUCUUUGCUGCACUACAUUAUUAUGAAUACUGAAUGAGCAUAACCAUUCUGCACCCUGUUAGUGUUGAAUGCAUUGUUGUUAAAGCUUUACUCAUUGCAUAGAAUAUUUUUGUAAAAAUAAAACAUUGACUUCUGUUAUGUAGUACAUAUGACCUGCACUGUAUGUGUGUGUGUGUGUGUGU